AUGGCACCAAAGAGAGCCAAAGGUAAAGGCAAAGCCAAAGGCAAAGCCAAAGCCAAAGCCAAGGAGUCUGAACCGGCGAGGACCAAGGGGAGCAAGACAGCCGAUCAGCUCUCCAUGGACGAAUUUUCCCGGGUCUUGAAUGAGGCGGCCAAGGCGGACAAGCCGGCCAAGCGAGACGAGAGCUUUGAGGAGAGCCUGCCUGCGCCGUUCCCCAAGCCUGGACCGAAACCUGUCGACCUAGACGAUUCCAAAGCUAGCUCUACUGAUUCCAGCCCGUCCGCCUUGAUAGAUAAGUCAGAGACGUACUCGCAUUGGGCGGCCACACUAUUAGACUCGCUUGCGACUGCACAGCAAUCCCUAUCGACGGCCAGGGGGACGGAUAAAGAUAAUUCCCAGUUUUGGAAUGCGUACCUCUUCACGACGGCCACUCUACUCGAUCCAGUCAACAGGCUACCCCGGGACCUUAAGCAUAGGUUGAAAUCUGGCUUAGCGGGAGACAUCUGCAACAAAGUCAUGAAAAAGAUGAGCCAGAUUGAAAAGCUCUGGCGCCCUGGCGGCGUGCUGAACAAAAUCUCUCUAAAAGAAGGGGCGAGUUCCGAGCGUAUCAAAGCCUUGCUCGACGUUAUUGAUGUCUUCAACCGUGAAUUCUUCCCAAUGCGUCCCCCCUACUUCGAGAACAGAGAAACAUUACAUGGCCCUCGCCUGGACGUUUUGCGCCAUGAAAUGGUAGAAUGGGUCGUUGAAAAUGAUAAGAGGCGCGAGGGCCAGACCGGCGCUCGCAACUUUAGAGAGACGUUCAAGAAUAUGGUCAUGGCCCCCGAAAAUGCCGUUGAGGUGCUGGAAGGCUACAUGGAGCCAGAGCGGAGGCUUGCGGAGGAGAAAGGCGUUGGUCCUGAGGUUGACCUUUUAAUCACUCAACUCGGUAUCGUACCCUCUCCCCUCAAUCCUUCCCAAUCAGACUUCCCGACUAACUCUACUACAGCUGGUCAUCACCUGACUGGGCAUAUCAUAGCCGUCGAAGCCGUGAGGCGCUGUAUAGACGACUGUAUAGCGCACCCGGAAGAGCCGGACCUUCAUGGUGGAAUGGUGCCGCUACCCCCUACGAUCGAGCUUGGCGAGAAAGGGUACUAUGCCACGCGUCGCCCGAAUGAAGCUUAUGGGGAUGGCCUUGCCCCUGCCAAGCGUGUGCUCUUCUGCCACUGCGACGACUGCGCGAGCGCCCGUUCCUCUCGACUCUUGGAUUCGGAAAAAGCUACAUCAGGUAAAGAAGACGCCAACAUCUCCAUCGAACAGAAACGUAACGAAGCCGGAGACGUCACCGGUGGCGGCCAAGAACAAGGUGUAAGCAGCGGCGCACCUUCGCAGGAUCCCGCCUGGGCCAAGUGGGUUCGUUUGUACAAGCGGCCCUACGAAGCGCCCUUCAAGGUGUUCGAUGCGGAUGAAUGCAAAAUCGAGGAGGAGCCUGAAGGUGACAAGGCACGAGAAAACCUAGUGGAAAACCCUGACACCAAGGAGGAAACUCCGAAGCCUGAAGGUGACAAAGCACGAGAAAACCUAGUGGAAAACCCUGACACCAAGGAGGAAGCUCCGAAGAAGAAGGGGAAUAGGAAAAGGAAUAGGAACAGGAAAAAGAAUAAGAAAGGGAAGAAGGAGGAGAAGGUAGAGGAGGGGGAAGAGGAGGAGGAAGAGGGGGAGAAGAAGGGAGAGGAGGAGGUAGAGGAGGAGGGGGAAGAGGAAGAUCCGGGAACCGAAAACAUCACGGGCCUACCAGUAUCCACUGCUGCUACUGCUCGAGGCUUGCCAGCUGAUUUCUUCGUGGCGGAGGAUGAGGAGGAGCCCGGAGAGAUUGGACAAUAUUUCAAAGAGGAUAAACAGGAGUCUAGAGAGGUGCGGCCGCAGCCUGGCCCGCAGCCUGGCAUGCAACUACAGCAAAACGCGGAUGAACCUCUUCCCGAAGACUUAUCUGCAUUACCUAAGAGCGAGGACCUGGCGGCCAAUCAGCACAAUAACGACACCAAACCCCUCGACACGGGUAACCCCUUUCCCGAAGACUUGUCUAAAUUGCCUGGAAGCGAGGACCUGGCGACUAGCCAGCACGAUAGUGGCGCUAAGCCCCUCAACACUACUAAACCCCUCGAGACGGAUGACCCUCUUCCAAAAGCCUUGCCUGCAGGGGUUGAGAGCGAGGGUUUGGCGGCUAGCCAGCAGGGUAGCGACGCUAAACGGGAACCGCUCAAGAGGGAGCUCGCCCUCGUUAAAUACGUACCUGGCCUUUUCCAAAAUCUAAUGACCAGCACGAACCGCAGCGAGAGCAAACCCCUCGACAUGCGCGACCCCCUUCUCAAACGCUUGCCUGCGGUCGCAGACCCGGCCGCAUACCAGCACGACUACACGGCCGAGUCCCACGAAACGGGCGGACCGCCUCUCGAAGAAGCCGGUUUAUCUCACGAGACGAUCCAGGAACGGGGCUUCGCAGAAGAAGGAGGAGGAGGAGGAGGAAAAGAAAAAGAAACAUCGACGGGCGACUGGCCCCCUCCUCCUCUUCCUGGCGCAGUUCAUCCUCCUCGGCCGGACGCCCUCCCAGCACCGACGGCGCAUCGCCCCAACCACGCCGGGCUCCUGGCCGGUGGUGCCCCGUGGGGUCGGCGAGAGGACUCGGACUCCUCGCGGCGCUUCGAGCGCACGAGGGAGGAGCGCAUCCAUGAUGACGCCUUCGCGAGGGCUCAGGCCGAGCGGCAGGAGAUGGACAAGAUGAAAGCCGAGUGGGAGAGCCGGAUGGAGUGGGCGAACGCCCAGUGGAGGGGCCGGAUGGAGCAGGCGUACGACGAGUGGAGGACCCGGAUGGACUGGGCGAAGAAGGAGUGGGAGGAACGGAUGAACGGGCGCUCCUGGGCCCACCAUGUCGAGGUUGCGAGUUUGGAGGAGAGGCUUGCCGAGUCGGAGAGGAGGAAUGCCGAGUUGGAGAGGAGGAAUGCCGAGUUGGAGAGGAGGGUUGUCGAGUUGGAGAGGAGGGUUGCCGAGUCGGAGAGGAGGAAUGCCGAGUGGGAGCAAUUGGUGGACCGGCGCUGCGGGGCCUACGAAACCGAGAUUGAUGGUUUGAAGGAGAGGAUUGCCGAGUUGACGGCGCCUGGCGAGGGAUAUAAAAGGAGAGUGGGUGGCUGGUUGAGUGACUAA